ACGUAUCGAGCAUAAUUCAGUGACACGAAGUCAUCCGACGGUUGAGUGUCUGUGUUUUUCAUGUCACUAGAGAAGUUAAAUCUUCGAGAAACGAGUAUGUUCUGAGUGACUAAAAAUGAAUCUCAUCAAUAAAGACAAAUUUAUUGUUAAUCACUUUUAUUUUUUAGACCAAAAUUUGAUAAUAUCUACAGAAAUUAAUUAUUAAACAAUAAUGUUUCAGAAUUUUUAUACUACAAACAUUUUGCACAGGAUCAAGCGUGUCAGUGCAUAACAAUGUGUAGUUAAAAAUUACAAUUUUUAUUAAAAAAAAAUUUUUGCUCGUUAAAUAAUCGGUUGGAUCAAAAAUUCACUGUCAAAAUGUCUAUGAAGAAAGAAUCGCCGUGGGAUGUAGAAUUGCAUCUUUCAGCGGCUCGCGGUGAUGCGAAACGACUUCAAGUUCUCUUAGACUCGGGACGCGUUCAUGUCGAUUGUAAAGACAAGGACGGAACGACCCCACUUAUAUUAGCGGCUGCUGGGGGCCAUAUUGAAGCUGUUACCGAGCUAUUACAACAAGGGGCGGACCCGAAUGCCAAAAGGCUGACUGGAACGACUUCUUUAUUUUUCGCUGCUCAAGGCGGUUUCGUGGACAUUGUUACACUUCUCAUCGAGCAUGGUGCCAUUGUAGACUCUUGCAGCAUUGAUGGUGGAACGCCACUUUUUGUCGCCUGUCAGUGCGGUCAUUUGGAAGUUGUCCUGGAAUUGAUUGAAAGAGGUGCAAAUGUUAACGCUCAUAUGAAGGACGGUGCGACAGCGCUAUUCAUAGCAGCUCAAAAUGGUCACAUACGAAUAUUAGACAUAUUACUAUCUCAGGGAGCGAAAACUGAUGCAGCAAGAACGGAUGGAGCGACUCCACUCUGGAUAGCCGCUCAAAUGGGGCACGAUCAUGUCGUAAGAAGACUCUUGAAGGCCGGAGCCAAGGUCGAUGCUACCAGACACGACGGCGCCACUCCGCUUUUCAAAGCCGCUCAUAAAGGUCAUACUGCGGUCAUCGGGGAGUUGUUAAAGUACCGGCCAUCUCUUGGUAUUCUUCCAAACGGUGAAAGUCCAUUGCACGCAGCAGCCUUGACUGGACAUAUGACGGUCGCGAGGCAAUUAGUCGGAGCUGGUGCUGAUCCUCUGCUUGUUAAUCAAGAGGGUGUUACACCACUUCAGGUUGCUAUCAGGCAUUCGCAAACUCAAGUUGCUAAUUAUCUAAAGGAUAAAAUUACCACUCGUACUGCAUUUCGUUAAUUAUUACUUAAGUUAAUACUUGACAUAGUUUAU